CAGGUUGUUGUUCAGCAUUCAUGGAGAAUCCCAGCAAGAUUGUUAGCCGUGGAAAUUUCAAGAUAUCUUCGGGCACGUUUGAAGCAAAGUGUUGAAAUUUUAAAAAGUUGUUAAUAUCAAAUGUGACAACAGGCUUCUGGACCUGAAAGAUGACAUCGUCUGAGCCACCGUACCUCCCAAUUGGCACGGAUGUCAGUGCUAAAUAUAGAGGUGCAUUUUGUGAAGCUAAAGUGAAGAAAAUUGUCAAAUCAGUCAAAUGCAGGGUUUACUUGAAGGAGACCCAGUCAACUCUAUUGGUUACUGAUGAGUUCAUAACAGGACAGCUGCUGAUUGGAGCCACCGUGGAAGUGAAGCAUCCAGACACAGGAAGAAUUAUGGAGGCUCUUAUCAAGCAGAUGAGUGACUCCAGCAUGUACACUGUUGUGUUUGAUGAUGCCGACGAGAGAACAUUGAGGAGAACACAACUUUGCCUUAAGGGAGAUAAACAUUUCACUGAAAGUGAGACACUUGAUAAUCUGCCACUAUCCAACCCAGAGCAUUUUGGUACACCAGUGAUUUCAAGAAACAAGAGAAAUAGGUCCAGUGCAGCAAUAGGAGUUGAAGAAGACAGUGGUUCUUCGUCAGAGGAAGAUGACAGUCCAAGAAAGAAGUAUAGGGGUCGGAAUCAGGAGCUGGUGGGCAAGCCCAUGAUAUAUGAGAGUGGGGACCGGAAAAAGACCAUCAGUGUGCCCGUCCUUGUUGUUCUCCCUGAUGCUCACAGCACAGAGCUCAAGGGAAAAGAUCAUGUUCUUGUCAGGUCCUUCAAAGAUGGAAAAUUUCUAUCAGUUGGGAGGAAAGACUUGUCAACAUUUACUAGGGAAGCUUGCCUCAAGAAUGAGGACAAAGCACUGAAACCAGCAAUGGAGAAGGCAUUGUUAUAUGCGGACAAUCGUGAAUUGCCAACUAGCUGGAAGAGAGACGAGCUACUUGGCUCUGAUGAUGACGACCAGGAUGAGGAAGAGGAGUCAGAGGAUGAGGAGCAGAGUGAGGAAAAGGACAGGUUUGUUGCCCAGCUAUACAAGUUCUCUGAUGACCGGGGCACACCCAUUAACAAGGGGCCCAGUAUUGGAACCAAGGACCUCAAUCUGUACAAGCUAUUCAAGGUCGUUCAGAAAUAUGGCGGAUACAACAGGGUUACCAAUCAGAUGAAAUGGCGACUUGUGUACUCCAAGAUGCAGCUGCCUCCCUCAAACACAGCUUCAACACAAAUUAAAAAUGCAUACAAAAAAUAUCUGCAUGCAUUUGAGGAUUUCUACCGAAAACUUGGCAGUUCAAUGGGGACAAUCAGCCGACCCAGCAGAAACCGUAAUGACUCUGGUCGCAGUCUGCUGAGUUUCCGGGGACGAGAUUCUGCACGCAUAGCCGACAAAAAUGACUCUGCUAGUGAAAAGGCAGAAGAGACUCCAUCAGAAAUGGACAGUGAUGUUGAUAGUGUCAAAAUGGGCACCCCCAAGCGACCGAAGUCCUCUAGAUUGAGGAUAGAACCCAAGGAGGAUAUUAAAGUUGAAGAAAAAGAAGAUAAGCCUGAGCCAGUGCCGAAAAAAGAUGAAAAAGACAAGAAGGAUUUCAAAAAGGUUGAGGACUCCCCCAAGAAGUCCCAGAAGAAGACCGAAGUGAAGCCCCAGCCCAGAGUUGAGGUUGAAAAAAGAGGUUUCAAGAAGAAGGAUGAUGGCAGCAUGGUUGCAUCGCCUGUUGCCAAGGCGAAAAAGGACUCGUCAGAAGAUGAAUUGAAGGAUCUACAGAAAAAGAUUGGGCGUAGGCGUUCUAUGAAGACUGAUGACAAGUCUGCAGAUGAUGAUGAAGACAGUCGGGAUGGAAGUCGGCGUAGAGAUGAGUCGAAAGACAAGAAGAAUGAUGUGGAAAUAGAAGAAAAGGAAAAGACGCUUGAAAAAUCUGCCGAGAAGAAGAUGAUAAAGAAGAAAAAGGCAAAGUCUGAAAAUGGUGAUGAAAAAGAAAAAGACAAGGAAGAAGACCCCUUUCAAAAUCCAGAGAAUCUCCCAGUAGGGUCCAAAAUGAGGGUCCGCUAUGGCACAGGGUCUCACACUAGAGAGUAUGAAGCCAAGAUUCUUGAGGUAGGCACCCUUGGUCCGAAGCUGUAUCUUGUGCACUAUGCAGGCUGGAAUACACGCCAUGAUGAGUGGAUCGGGCGCGACCGUAUCAAUAAAGUUGUUUACAGGCCCGAGUCUGGCAAGAAACUGGUAGAGAAACCCUCACCCAAACCAGGAUCAAAGGGUCCUGGCAAGAAGAAAUCACCCCUGGACAAGCCACCAUCCUCCCCCUCAAGUGUCAAAUCAGACACCAGCAGUACAAGUCAGGGAACGGGCCCUGGGCGCCCACCAGGCAAGUCGGGCAAGUCCCAGAACUCCUCCCCUGUGGCUGCCCCUCCCUCUGCAAAACCACGCCCCACCCGCUCAAACAGCAUAGAACUCAUCACUGAUGGCCUCCCUGCUAAACGCAGAAAGAGGAAGACAUCAAGUGUCUAUGAUUCAUUCAAUGGUUCAGAUAGUGAAGGCACUGACAAGUCUGAUACAGAAACUGAUGUAGAGAAAACCCCAGCUGGCAAAGAAAAGGAUCCUAAUUCCUCAGACAUGCCCCACAAGACUGAUAGCAUGCCUUUGAUUGCGUCAGAGACAGCAGAGGAUGAUGGUGAUGAACUCCCAGAGCUGGACUCUAGCGUGGAGAGAAGCCCUCCAAAACUGCACAAGGUUCUUGACAUUGGUAAGGAGAAAGUUGAGGAAGAGGAGACUGAAUCUGAAAUCAAAGAAAUUGUUGAGCCAGUGACAGCACCUGUGACAGAUGAGCCAGCUGCUCCUGUACUGAAAGUAGAGGACAUUGAAAAGGAUGAACCUGUCUUGCAGAAAAUUGAAGCUCAAUUGACAGUAGCUGUAGUUGAAAAAGUUUGUGAGGUAAAUGAAGUUGGUAAAGAGAAUGAAGAGAAAGAACCUGUUAAAGAAGUUAAAAAGAAAGAACCAGAAAGGAGAGGGAGAAAAUCUGCAGCAAAAGUAGAAAAGGAUAAAGGAGAAAAGGAUAAAAAUGACAAGACUGAGAAAGAGAAAGAACAUAAUGAACAAGUUGCAAAUGAGAAGAUCACUGAUAAAGAAAGUACUAGUGUUACAGAGGAAGUCAGUGAAACAAAAAAGAAAGCAUUAGAAUCUCCGUACGAUUUUAAGGAUGAUGAAUCUGAGGUAGAAUCUAGACCAGUUCGAAAAAAGCCUCUUGCUUUGCUUGAAAAGGAGGCCAAGCAAGAAGAAGAAAUGGAAGAAGCUUUGAAAGAAGAGACUGAAAAAACUUUGAAAGGUUCUAAGGAUGAUGGUGGUAAAGACUUUAUUGCAGGGAAUCUUGCUUUACUUGAAGAAAAAGAUACAGCUAAGAGCGAUUCUGAAGUGGAACGCAGAGGGAGGAAAAGAAAAGCUCCGAAUGCAAAAGAAACUCCAAAAGAUGUAAAGAGAAGCAUACAGGAUGUAAAAGCUACAACCAAUGUCUCUGUUGUGGUUAGUAGCCAUGAAAAGAAACUUGCCAACAGUUCUCCAGAAAGGAAGCCAUUUGUUACCCUGGCAGAGAAAAAACAAGGGUUCUCUCCAAUGAUAAGAAAGGUUAUUUCUCCCCCUGAAAAAUGUACUAAUGAUAAUAGUAUUUCAGUUGAACCGCUUGCUAAUGAUACAGGAAAGGAUAAGUCUGACAGCAAAGAGGAGGUUAAGAAAGUGACUGAAAUGGUUGUGGUUCACAAUGCGUCUCCUAAUAAGACAGAUAUUGUUCUUGGUAGGAAAGUUGAAGAUAAUAAGGAAGACACAGUUACAAAACCUAAAGAGGUAGAGCCUGAAAAUGACAAUGAUGAAGUGCAUGCUGUGAAGAAAAAAGUGAGAAAGAAAACCAAGAAGAAAUUGGAAAUGGAAGAAUCAGAAAUGUUGGGCUUGGGUAUUGUUAGAAAAAGGCGAGGACCUGGUUCAAGAAAGACACGGGAUAUUAGUGCUAAAGAGAUUGAUGUGAAAGACAUUAGUAAUGACAUUGACCUUCAUUGUGGGGAAGAGAUUCGUUCUCGGUCAGCAAGUCCGGAACCUCUGCCUGGCAGCUCUUUCAUUCAGGAAUCCCAGGGUUUUGUGCCACGUGUUGAAACCAUAGACUGCAGAAUAAGUGAUAGUCAAAGUCCAGACACUUUUUGUAUUAGCAAGCAGGAGAGUGCAGAAAAGUCUCAGACAAUAAGUAAGAACAAUAACAUGUUUGAAAAUACUCCCCCAACAACUCCGGAACAUGACUCAGAUGAUACACACCAACAAAACUGCCAAAGUGAUCAAAUCAAAACGUCCAAAAAAUCUUUGGAUGAAAGUGGAUCAAAAACAGACUCUAGUCAAGCAACUGGAAGAGAAUCUCCAAAUGGUAACGCAAGUCCCUCCAACCACAGCACUGGUAGUAGUGGUGUGGUAGCUGGAUCAGAGGGCAGUAUUGAUGUGCCAGUCUUCACCACGAACAAACGCAGGCGCGAGUCUGAUGAACCAACUCCAACAAAACGCAGAAAAAGGGCCAGUAAGGGGAAAUCAAGAGCAAAACUCAUGGCAGCUGAGAGUGACAGUGAAGACAUGCUGAAGGGUCGCAGUCCCAACUACACGUCCGACAGCUACCCUCGCUCCACCAGCCAUCAAAACAGAUCACCUAGACCACCGAAAUACAACUUUAACCUAGAGGAGGGCCAAUACCUGCAGGGUACAGCGAGAAUUUCCUUCCUGGUCAGUAAGGUUCAGGAGAUACGGUCAAUCUACAUGAACCUCAAGUCAGAGGUCUCGUCAAUUGACCGGCGGAGAAAAAAACUCAGGCGGAAAGACAAAGACAGAGACUCAAGGAACUCAUCUGUUGUGGAGGUGGAUUGUUCAUGACGUGUUUCCCGGUGGAUGUUUGGUGCAGCUACAUUCCUAACAGACAAACUCUAGAGUGGACGUCGCCCCCCUCCCGGACAUUCUGUGAUGUGCUUCCUCGAUCAUGUGUCAUUAUCCUCCUUUUAGUCUUCUCUCGGAAAUACCAGUGACACGAUUGCCUGCUAUGGCAGUGGUCCAAUAAAGUUAAAGCUGGUAAAAGUCCAGUAUUACCGGUCGUUAAAUCACUUCAAAUUCUCUUUCAGUUACUUUGACUGUCUGCAAUACCAGUGACAAUGAUUGCUGGCUUUGGCCUUGGUUAAAGUUAGUGUGCUAAAGCUGACAAGCUUCAGAAAUAUUUCUUCAUUUAAACACUUGCUGGUCUUGUUCAGAAUUUUAUUAUUAGUCCAGCUCUUCUAAUUUUGAAAGCUAACGCAAUUUGAACUUAUAAUCGAUUUUUCUUAAGACUGUUAUGGCCGAAAUUAUUUUGUAAUGUUUUACAACAGACAAUAUUUAAAAUUAUGUGUCACCAGUCAACACAUUUAAAGAAUUGUACAGCUAUCUUACCUUAUUUAUUUAUACAUUACUUUCCAUUUUACUUGUUCUGGCAUUUCUGUAUUUACUGUGCUCGCUUGUUUUCUUUUCAUCUGAAUUUCUAUAUCUUUUCAUUCAUAUCUUUUCUUUCAUUUUGGUAAUAAAUUCAUAUGAUUAAGUGAUAAAGCAUUAUUGUCAAAGUAUAUUUUAUUAUAGUUUCUGAUUGUAUUACCUGCGAUACAUGGUAGCUACAUAGGGACUACUUUUCCAUCGUCGUCCAUGUCCACACUAUUGUCAACAAUCAGUAACUUUGAACAACUAAUGUGAAGUCUUAGUAUACACAGUGGCCAUGGUCAAAAGAUGAACCAUAUUGAUUUUGGGGUCAAUAGGUCAAAGUUUUGGUGACAUAUUUUAGAAAAAUUAUGGGCUGUCCCAACGCGACGGGCCACACAUCCAAUUCUCAAACAUCUUGUUAUAAAAGCAAUUUUUAACUUCACUCUAGUGAAAUUUACGUUUAUGACUAAUUAAAUAUUGACUGUCUCACUGUAAUUGAUAUACAUUAUUGUACAGAUUUCCAUUUUUAAUUGAGAUUUUAUUGAGAAAAAAAAUUAAAAUAAAACACCUGUUGCCAUAGCAAUUUGGAAGGAAAUUACUGUGCAAUAUGUUACAUUAUUUUAAGAUGUUUUGUUAAGACUUUUGUAUUGCCAUAAGUAAUAGUGUUCCAUUAGUAAUGAGAUGAGAUAGUGUUUAUAAGAAGAAAUUGUACAAUUUCUCAGUCUAAAAUAUAAAUAUGUUUUUUUGAGUGCUAUAUAUCUUUAGCAUAAGCCAGGCUGUGAAAUUACCCGGUAUGUAAAUGUUCAAGAGUACUGAUUUGGUAUUCUUUUGUACAUAAUUUGAACAAUAAAAUACAUUAAGAUGAAA